AUGGGCCCUUCCACUUUCUGUGACGACCUCCCUACCUCCCUGGCGGACCUACUUUCCAACACCUUGAUCCUGCGCCAAACUGCUCCCUACCUGCCAAUAUCUGCCCUUCGUAACCUGUCGCGAACCUGCAAGUCUCUACAUCAUGCCGUCUUCCAGUCGCCAGAAGCCUUCCGCUACCUGGACCUCUCCCCUGUAAAGUCUGCUAUUGUGCCUUUCGAUGGACCUCUUGAUGUCGGUGGUGUCAGUUUUCGCGCUGAGCGAAUGGAUGAAGCCCUCACAGAAGACGAUUUUUACAGCGGUCCUUUACGCCACAUCUUCAACAGGCUGGAGAAGCUCCAUGUCCUGCGUAACGUACACACACUCGUCCUAGACGGACUCAGCGUGACAGCAGAGUUGGUCAAAGAAUUGCUUACGGAAGAACGAUUCAACGUUCGUAUACUUUCUAUUCGCGAAGCUAAGCACAUGAACGAGCGCAAGCUUCAGCAAUACCUCCGAUAUGCGGUUCGACCGUCAAGGCCUGCGGGCACACCUCGAGUCAAAGGCAUCUACAUCUUUGGACCCCGCGACCGGACCCCGCGUCCUACAUCGCCCGUGACGAGAAAACUGUCCGCAGACAUUCCUAGAGGCGUGACGACUUCGCAAGGGGCGCAGAUUGGGGCACAAUGGAACGAGAAAUCGCAACAAGCCUUGGACGCUGUACUAGCGCAGACCGAGGACAAAUGGUAUCAAUCUUCUGGCAAAAUCAUACCAAAGCGGCCGUCCCCGGAAUGGGCAGAAAUACUCCAAGCAUGCGAAGGCAUCAUUGCUUUCGAUGCUGUUCUGUGCAGAGGACCACGACAUGACCCGAGCAAAGCAUAUGUUAGGGAUGCAACUGCGAGUGGAGCAACUCAUCCAUCCUCUUUCCUGCGGCCUACAAUCGCAACUGUCGCACUUGGCCCAUCGGGCUGCGAGACAUGUCACUCGUCUCCAGAAGGACCGGCAGUUUUCGGCGACUCAAGCCCAUCACACCAUCCAUUACUCAGCCCGGUACCGCUGCAUGGCUCCUCUGUGCGUGCUGCCCAGAUACCGCAUACUCUCGACGGUUCUGUGCCACCGCCUCUGAUAGUGCGAUGCGAGGACUGCCUUAAGGGACGUUGGUGCGAAAGAUGUCACAAAUGGUGGGACGAGGAUUGUUAUACUGGAUCCGUUACCGCCCAACGUACGGAACUACAGCAGACCGAGCUUACUGAGAGCUUGAAACCUGAUGGGACCAGUCAACUGCUCCCAAAGCAAACGAUCAAGGUACAUAUGGGCCUCUGCGUGGAACACUGCCUCCGUGAAGAAAUGAUGGCCGGAGCCGGUAGCGACGGGAUGUGGGGAUGA